AUGUGCGAGCGGGCUACUGGAGUGGAUCAAGCAGCAGGCAUGAGCCUUAUUGUCUUCAGUCUUUUGCUGUUUACGUACUAUUCUAUUUGGGUCAUUGUUCUGCCUUUCAUGGACAGUGAUCAUGUAUUACACAAGUAUUUUCUUCCACGAGAAUACUCAGUAAUUCUUCCUGGCAUUGCUGCAGUAGUACUGCUCCUUUGCGUAGGAGCCUUCACUGCUGUAGUCCUUUGGAAGAAUAAGAAUCCCAAAAAGGUUAACUAA